AUGCCCCUCCAAACUAGAAAGGCAAAAAAUGAUGGAAGAAAAAGGACAUACUCUUUGGUUUCCAACACCAAUACAAACGCACAGGCUGGUCCUGUCGCGAGUAUCAAAACCGUCGAGAACAGUUCACCUUCAGCGCAACAGGUCAAAGGCCCAAAACAAGCCCUAAAGUCUACCAAUACGGAGCCCCAACCUCAUAAUCCUACAGAGCCAACGAAACACGUACCUAAUGUCUUUGAGUUUCUUGAUGAAAAUGACGAGCCAACCUCGAGCUCAUCUGGAUCCUCUGACUCCUCGUCCGAAUCGGAAUCGGAAUCUGAUGGUGAACGGCCAGAGCCCCCGCGCCUUAAACAAACCUACCCCAAGAUCCAGUCCCCCAAGCCGCGAGUGAAUACUAUGCCGCACAAGGUUUUGGCGCCGGGGGAAAGCACACCUCCAAAACAAUUGACACGAUUGCCCCCUGCCGUCGAAAGCGCAAGGGAACCGCCAAAGCCCACACCAUCGGUUCCUUCUCCGGACACUCAAUUGGUCACCCGAAAGAGGCAACCCACUAGAAAGCCUAGCCCAAUAUCUACGACUAGUAUUUCUCCGUCUUCGGGCAAAGGACAGAUGGAAUUGUCUCGCCAACAGACAUACCACGGACCACGAGACACCGGCGCGAUUCACAGACCGCCGCUGCCACCAUCUCCCCCAAGAAGUCCAGAAGAAGGCCUUCAUCGUACCACACCAACAAAGCGCAGAAACUCAACUAAAUCGCAAGUCUCAUCAGGCUAUGGACUUGUUGCAUCACAUCUUACCAAGUCAGCAUCCGAAGAAAACGGCGCAUUCUCUCCACUUUACCGACGCUUCGAAAGCGUGAACCACCGUGUUCUACUCCACCUCCAAGAUGAAAUCUCUCAAAUGGAAGAAGAUCUACACGCUCUUGAUGAGUACGAAGAAAUGCAUCGUAUAGCCACAGCCGAGCAAGAAGGCACUAAAACCCUGCCUGCUUCACGGCGCCGAGACUCCCAGGCCCAGGCCUAUUCAUCGCUACACUAUCGCCGCAUGGAUCUCAUGGCCGCUUUGAUUCAAAAGACGGAGCAAUAUAAUAAUGCCCUCAGCGCCUACAGCAAAGUGCUACAGACCCUUCCACCAGCCUCAGAAAACGACAUCGAUGGCUACCGCAGCUGGAUGAAAAAGCGACACCCAAUUGCCUCCGCUGAAUGCCGCUUUCUGGACCACCGCACCGACCUUGUCUCCCUCACCCCGCGAGUGGCUGAUGUUAAUUCCACCGCUGCGGCUCCCGUUUACGUUGCCAUCAUUAUUGCCUCUGGGGCACUUCUGCUGCCGCUUCUGGCAUUCAACAUGAUUGCGGAGUUCUCGGGCCGCCUUGUUGUUGUGACGGUUGUUGGUGGGGCCGCAGCUGCUAUUGCGGCCAACUAUUCUGCUGGUGUUGAAAAUACCCUGGUUGAGUCCAAGGAUGGUUGGCGAUGUGCUACCAUAUACUUUGGUUUCAUGACCUUGGCUGCUAUGUUCAUUCCUUAA